UGCAGGCGUAGUCUUCCCCGCGUGAGAAGUCCCGUUGAUGAUCACUGGUGCUUAGCGCGGACAAAGCAGCGUCUGGUUCGACCUCAGGCCUUCAUGGGCUCUGCCUUGCACUUAGCAGGUGAGCGUAUUAUUCGCCUCGGCCAAGGUAGCGUUUCAUUUUCAGAAUCCCUCAUAGAUCUCUUUUACUCUGAUUUGUUAUUGGAUCCAUCAACAGAAAAUCAUGUCUUAUCUUCAUCCCGCCGUCAAGGCUGUGGUUAUAGCCGUCGCAGCGCCACUGGGCCUAUAUUGCGUUUUCCUGGGACUGGGAAUGACACCGUUCUUCCAGAGACAGUUUCUAUAUGCACACAAGUUCAAUACAUUAUUAUGGAGUAAUGUCAACCAACCAGAACGAUGGGGUUUCGCUCGGAAUCAAGUAACUCCGUUCUCGCUAAAGACCCCUGACGGUGAAUCAAUUUACGCUUGGCAUAUCCUUCCACUCCCUCUAUACCUACAGAAUGAGGCCAAGAUCGAAUCCCAAGAGCCGGGUUUCUCGGCAGACUUCACCAAGACCGAGUCAUUUCGGCUACUAAAGGAGGAUCCAGAAUCUCGCUUAGUGCUAUAUUUUCACGGUAAUGCUGGUCAUGUCGCGCAAGCUAUUCGACCUCUCAGCUAUCAUUCUCUAACUGAUACUUCCUCAUAUCAUGUUAUCGCCAUCGACUACCGAGGAUUUGGUCAUUCUACGGGCACACCUUCAGAGACUGGAGUAAUUCAAGAUGCUGCAACACUCGUUGACUGGGCUACCAACGUGGCAGAGAUUCCACCAAGUCGCAUCGUCCUGCUCGGGCAGAGUUUAGGUACUGCUGUAGUCAGUGCCGUUGCUGAAAAGUAUGCUCUUCAGGGCAUCGAAUUUGCGGGUAUUACCAUAGUCGCUGGCUUCAGCGAUCUCGCAAAUCUCCUGUUGGGUUAUCGCAUCGUGGGUAUCUUCCCUGUACUUGCUCCCUUCCGCAUGUGGCCUUCUCUCGUGCGCUUCAUCCACCGUUUCGUUGUCGACAAGUGGCAUUCAGAUAGACGGCUCGCCAACGUAGUCCGCCAUACGAAGACGAGACUCAGGCUCAAUUUGAUUCAUGCAAAGAAUGAUAAAGACAUUCCUUGGACGGAAGACAACAAGUUGUUCAGAGCCGCUGCCCAAGAGACUCUUGGAAUUAUGGAUGACAAGGACUUCGAGGCUUGGAAAGAAGAGCGCACCAUACGUAAGGGCAAGGAUGCAUUUGUGACCACUUGGACUGCUGAACCCAACAUGAUUAUCCGCCAAGAGCUUUUCCCAUACGGUGGCCACAACGAUAUCAUGGGCUAUGCGCCUGUUGCGCUGGCCAUCAUGAGGGCAUUUGAUCUUCAUGGAACGACCUACAGGGAUGAGUAGACUGGAAGGACACAUCGUAUCAUGGUAGUUGCUUGGCGUCUAAUAAGCAGCAUCCUCAUAUCUGGCCCAUUGAGUUGUAAUGAACCAACUCAUACACGAUGUCUCAGUAACUACUUUGCGCAGAUCCGACAAGCGACAUAGACUUUACUUUAUUAUUUUGUGGAACCCAACUUCGAGGUUUCCAUGUUUCCAGUGUCAUGUAAUCCUAGGAGUGUAUACCACUUCUCUUGGCUACCUAUGGGUAGUCAACAUCUGAGUAUGCUCAUAUCGGCGUCUAGAGUUUGGACUUCAAAGAAGGAUAGGUGAAUUCGUAAAGCCAAUAAUGAAUAGUCUUAUAGGCGAUACUUCCCAGCACUGGAUUCUCUAAGGGAUUCAAUACUAGAAACAACCAUCAUAGGGCUCCUCGUCACUGACUUCCUCGUCCACUCGGUGGGCACCUCUGCCUUGUGUUGAAAAGAG